AAGCCGGACAUGAUUCAGAGUCCCAGAUAGCAGCAGAGAAUGACACACACACACAAUUAGAGAGACUGGCCACAUUUUCUGAUUUAAGAAUGCUGAUGAACUACACAAACCAAACAGAGGAGGACCUCUUCUCCUGCUACAGUCCUUCAGUCGUAGGCUACCGGUACUUUCCCGUGCUGUGGGGAUGUGCGGUGACCAUCACUGGUACGGUGGGUAACCUGAUGACCAUUCUGGCCUUUGCUUUGGACCCACGUCUGAGGACUCGCUUCAACGUGCUCAUCGUAAACCUGGCUGUUGCUGAUCUCCUAUACUGCACCAUACUGCAGCCCAUAUCAGUCGACUCCUAUCUACACCUCAGAUGGCGCAGUGGUCAGCUCUGGUGCAGCAUCUUCGGCCUGCUCCUCUUCCUCUCCAACUCUGUCUCCAUUAUCACCCUCUGCCUAGUUGCUGUGAGCCGAUAUCUUCUGGUGGCAAAAAGGGCUUUGUUUGAGCGUGUCUUCUCUAGCCGCGGUCUUAUUUUACUACUGAUCUCAACGUGGGCACUGGGUUUGGCCAGUUUCGGCCCACUCUGGCCUGUUUACGUAUUUGUGCCCCAGGUGUGCACAUGCAGUUUCCAUCGCACCAGGGGUCGUCCUUACAGCACCAUCCUGCUCUUUUUUUACUUUUUCAUUGGGCUGGGCUUUGUUGGUGCUUUCUACCUCCUUAUUUACAGACGUGUUAGGAUUGCGUCUCAAGCUUUACUUCGCUACAGAUUCAGCCGCAGAUCCUCCAGAAAGAAACCAGCUUCUUCAGCACAAGGGACCGAUGACAGUGGUGUAGAGAGUGGAAUGGCAAAGACAUGUAGCUGUGAGAUGAGCAGCCAGACAGAUCUAACUCAAAAUACAGAUGAGAUCACCUGUGAAAAACCCACCAAAUCUACCCAAUUGUCGGCUACAGCCCUAGAUCCAUCAGCUACUAAGCAUCCAUAUGAUGCUGUCCAAACAUCACCUUCAACCAAACCUGCUCCCAACAAUGCACCUGCAUCCUCCAACCCAGCAACUUCAGGAGAUGCUGAUGAAUUUAAGCGUGUGACACGCAUGUGCUUCACUGUUUUUUUGUGUUUCGUGUUCUGUUUUGUCCCCUUCCUGUUGCUCAACAUAGCUGACAAACAGAACCACGCCCCACAGGUACUGCAUAUGUUCUGUGCAAACCUGACCUGGCUCAAUAGCUGUAUCAACCCCGUGCUUUAUGCUGUCAUGAACAGACAGUUUCGACAGGCCUACCAUGUGCUGCUCACCAGGGCUGCUUCACCAUUCACCUGCCUCUGGACCUGGAGGUCAACGCUGGGAUUUUAAUCUCUGUGAGAUUAGAUUUGCCAUAUGUUUCUCCUCCUGAUAUAAAUAGCUUUCAUUAAAGGCACAAGUUUUUCUUUUUUUUCUUAUGUUGCAUUUACUGUAACAUUCCAGACUACAUUUUCUUCACAUUAUACACGUUUUAUUUGAUUUUCUUUGCUGUUGUUGUUUGCUUUUACCGUAUAUUAGGUAUGCACAAGAUUAAAAUAUGUGUUUAUGUUUUGUAUGGAAUAAAUUAUGUUUUGUUAUACACAAUCCACGGUCCGAUUAAGAAUGUGAAUUAGCCAAUAUUUCACCACUGCUAGUUUUAUGGGUGUCACAACAUAUGAAAAACCACCAAAUUACAACAUCAGCACAGGAUGUUCCUGUCCCACACAACAUGCCUUAGGCUAUAUCAGUCAGCGUUUCAUCCACAUACUGACUUUGACAUGCUGACAAUACACGACUCAUGAUAACGUUUUCUGGUGACUAAGCCUUAAGUUUGACAUGUGGGUGGAGUGUGCUUUUGUAGCAUCUUUAAAUAGUGUCAAAGCAUUUAUAACUGACAAAGCCACAUUUCAAAUCAUCAAUCAUGCAUUGAUUAACCAGAACAGACAAUCAAGUUAUCUGUUCUGGUCUGUGUUUAUAAUUUUGCUAUUGAUAUGGGGCAAUGCAGAGCCAGGCUUGUAACAAAAAACUAAAUGUUCACUUAAAAUAAUGUUCUUCUGUACCAUUGCUAUCUUAUUUCGGAUUGCCCUGGCAACUGAGGUCAACCAUUAACCACAAUAUACCUGGUUUACUUCCGGGCAUGUUGUUUCUUCACAGCACGAUCAAAAUGAAACUCGACUUACAAACGAGGUCAUACAUAGACUACAAGAGCUUUGCUUACUCAUAUUCUAAAGUUAUAUCUUUUAUCAGACAAACGUUGAGCAUCAUGCUAGUUUCAGCAAUACUACAGUGGCCAUCUUUAUUAUUGUCAUGUAACAACUUGCCAGCAGAGCACAGCUAGCAUUGGGGUAAAAAGAAAGAAAACAAUUACAACUGAACACUUAAGUCCAUUGAAGUUAUGUGAUUUAUGUAACUCCACGCGUCCUUCUCCCUCUACUCAUAUAUACAAUACCAUAUUAGCUACAUGCCAUCUGAGGCUGAAAACAACAUCCGGUAGUACUACCGGAAUUGGACAAAUAUGGUCCGUCCAGAAACAGUGAAUUAUCUUUUAAUGUUCCGUUUCAAUAUAUUGAUUAUUUCUUACAAUUUACGACUAAUAAUUCAUUUCUAAAUGCAUACAUUAACUUAGAAACAUUUAUUUUAGCACGACUAAUAACAGCUAACGUUAGCUUAACACGUUAGUAAGCAUAUAUGGCACAAGGCAACGUUCAAAGUUGCUUCAGGCCACGAAAUAUGUGAAGUACUCAGCUUUUAUUUCUUUGUUGCGACUCCUCCUGAGUUAACUAUCCGGUGCUUUGCUAGCUGUUGGUGUUUUAUUCCUAACAACUUGUGUCCAUGCUGCAGCAGAGGAAGGCUAAUAUCAGCUGCCGGUUGAUGGUGGUGAAAAAACCUCAAACCUAAUUUGAAGUACAUACAUAUAAAUGUUUUCAAAGUUAUUAGAGAACUUACAAUUUUAUUAGAGCGACACAGCUUGUUUUUUUCUUCUUCAAUAAUUGUAAUGACUUUUAACAUACACUUUGGAUUAAGAUGCGGCGCAAAUAGUCAGUCAACUGCAUUUUUAACAGGCUACUGGAAACAUAAAUGACUUCUCCUAUCAUUUUAGUUAAUAAUGAACGGAACAUACAAUCAGUAAUUUCCCCUUUAUUGAUGAUAACAUAUUUGAACAGGUUAAUAUAAAAGGAUAACUUAAAAAGCAGGAAGUGCCAUGUGUUACUUCAAAAAUAUCACUAGCUGCAGGUGGCAACAAUAAAGCAAGCACAAAUGGGCUCAAAACAAACAUUAAAACAAUAAAUUAUGUUCAAUCCACCGAAUGUUCUCAA